AUGGGCUCCAUCGAGGGAGCCUCGGGCUCGUGGUCAUGGGCAGCGAUCGCCAAAGUCCUACACAACGAGGACAGGCACAGGAUAAAAGCCUCACCAUUUGUUGGGCUGGUGGUGGACGAGACGGUGGACGUCCUGGAGCACCGCAACCUCGCCAUGUUCACCACCACCGCAGCGAUCGCCAAAGUCCUACACAACGAGGACAGGCACAGGAUAAAAGCCUCACCAUUUGUUGGGCUGGUGGUGGACGAGACGGUGGACGUCCUGGAGCACCGCAACCUCGCCAUGUUCACCACCACCGUCUCCCCCUGCAACGGGCAGACCUCCGCCGCCUUCCUGGGGAGCUUCGAGCUGCCUGCCGGGGAGGCCGCCACGGUGACGGGCAAGGUGGGCGAGGUGAUGCGCUCCUUCGGCAUCCCCACCAUGAAGAUCACGUGGCUCAGCACCGACAGUGCCUCGCUGGUGGCCGAGCGGCUGAGCGGGGUGGGGACCGCGCUGACCUCCCUCUGCCCGCUCCUGACGGAGGUGCACUGCCUGUCCCACGGGAGCUCCCUGCUGCCGGCCGAGAGCAUCGUCAGCAUCGAAUACCUCCAGAAAUACGAGACCACUGUGGACGCCGUGUACAGGCUCUACUCCAGCUUCAGGGGGGAAAGCAAUGGCCUGCAGGAGCUGCGGAGCGUCCUGGACCUCUGUGAGAUAGACCUCGGGAGCCCCAAAGCCAUCCACUGGACUUCUAUUUUCCCAGCCGUGGAAGCCAUUGAUUCCUCGUGGCCCACGCUGGUGCUGCUGCUGGAGAGCGAGGCGGAGCGGUCGCCCGUGGCCCAUGGCCUCUGCGAAGAGCUCAAGAAGUUCCAGUUUGUGGCCUUCACCAAGAUCCUCCUGGAUGUCCUCCCCAUCUUCCAGAAGCUCAGCCGCUUCUUCCAGAUUGAGGACUUUGACAUCUCCAUCCUGAAGCCCAUCGUCUCUGCCACAGCCACCACCCUGCAGGCCCAGAAGAGCGCCAGUGGCCAAAACCUCCAGGAGUUCCUCAACGAGAUGAACGAGCACCCGCGGGAUGACCGGGAGGGCGAGAGCCGCCUUUACUACAAGGGUGUCGAGCUGGCCAACUGCUCCAAGGUGCACCUGAAGCACUUUGAGCGCCUAAAGGAGAGCUACCUGGAGAGCGUGCGGGGCAACCUGCUGGACAGGUUCCCCAGCAGUGUCCUGGAGGCCAUCAGCUCCUUCUCAGCCAUCUUCAACCCCAAGUGCUACCCCCAGUCUUUGGAGGACAUUGGCAGCUAUGGGGUCAGUGAGCUGAAUUUCCUCCUGCAGGCUUACUCCCGGGUGGUGGUGAGCGAGAGGGCCCUGAGCGAUUUCCCCCUCUUCAAGCGGAUCGUCUUCAGCCUCAGCCAGCUCUCCUUCAAGGACCUCUGCGUCAAGCUGGUCUACAGCAAUUCUGAGAUGCAUGAGCUCUUCCCGGACUUCGCUGUCCUCGCAGCCAUCGCCCUGGCCUUGCCACUGGGCUCGGUCCUCGCUGAGAAGAUCAGCCGGGGCCGGGAGAUGCUGAAGCGCGGCUGGUCGCACCGCACAAAGGACGAGGGGCUCUCCGACCUCAUGAAGAUUGCCAUCGACGGGCCGGCCAUCAACGAGUUUGACUUUGCGUUGGCCAUCGAGUACUACGAGAGCAUGAGGGAGUCCGGCUUCAUUGUGGCGCAGGUGAAGUGA